AUGUUUUUGUAUAAUUUACCACCCGAAAUAAUUUAUCUUAUAUUUAAAUAUCUUCAUAAACAUGACAUUGUUUAUUCAUUCUUAGAAUUGAAUAAUAAUUUCACAUUAAUUGUAAAAUAUUUUAUUGUAAAACAAUUUGAUUUAACAAAAAUAAAUAGUCAUAUUAUUUUUCAAUACUGUUUAUCAACUGGUUUACCCUUAAUUGGAAUGAAUCUCCGUUAUUUAUCAAUUGGUUAUCCACAUUGUUUUUGGACUUAUAUUAAGUUUGUACAAAUUUAUUGUCCUAAUUUAGACAAACUGACUAUCUAUUGUUGUUCUGAAAAAGAAGAUAUUCGUCGCUAUGCAGCUUAUUUAAUUCAUGAUCAACUUAUAUCCUUAACUUUUAUGUUUAACGAUGAAAUUGUCGGCGAACAAAUUAGUCUUCGUUUACUUGAUAAAUCUGCAAAUGGAAAAUUUCAUAGGAUUCCAAUAGGGUCAUCGCUUAGAUUGCAUUUAUCGUCCAUGAAUGAUCUUAUUUUAUUAAAACGAUAUUCUGAAAGUGAUUAUCUUUCGAAUGGUUUAUACAUGAUUGAAUCUAUAUUAACUGGUGAAUGGUUAACAGAUAGUAAAGAUGAUUUAUGUAUAAUGCCCAUGAAACGUCAUCGUGAAUGCAUAUUUUUUAUAAAACAAAUUGAUAAUGAUCAAUGUUCACUCGAAUAUAAAUUAAAUCAUGAACAAACACAAUGCCCUUUAACAGUUUCAAUACCUUAUGAAGAUGAAGAGCGUUGGAUAUCUUCAUCUAUUCUUUCAACACAUAGAAAAGAAUCAUUACGUUCAUGUUCAACGUUUACUUUUGAAAAAACUGAUGAUGAAAAUCAAUUUUAUAUUCGACCUUGUGAUUUAAGUGCUAAACGAUUACAAGUAUCAGGAAAACGUAUUAUUUCGUCACUGUGUAGCAACGAUACUUCACUAAGUUAUCGUUUUCGAUUUCAUCGUGUUGCAUGA